AUGUCGAAAAAGCGAAAGGAAUCAAAGAAACAAGCUAAGGGGAGUACUUUAAAACCCAAACAAGUGGAUAAGGUUGUUAAAGCUACUCUAAAGAAAGUUGUUAAGUUUGAUCAACCAUCAAAGAAAAUACAAAAUACUUUUGUUGAAGAAUCUUCUUCACCUGUGAAUCAGGUCAUGCAUUUGAAAUCUGGGAUUUUGAAACAUUUGAAAAAGAUGGCUCACAGACCUUGUCAUUCUCCUGAGAGAUCUACCAGUUUUUCUCCCAAAGAUGUUUUGCAGAUCUCUCAUAAAUGCAGGGGGUCGUUAUUCAAUAUUGGGAAUAGAAUUCGACGUAACUGUGUCAAGGCUCAAUCAUCAUCCUUUGAUCAAGAACUGAAAGAACUAAAAGCUGUGGCGAAAGAAAAACAUCUACUAUAUGUUCACACGGUUAAGAAAGUUCGAGAAUAUGUUAAUCUCAAACUGGAGGAGUUACGGUUUGCUGUUUUGGAGUCGACACUCAAAGCUGUGUUGGCUCCAUUAGCCAAUUUAUUGAAUUUAAUACCAACGAAUGCCCCAUAUGUUCAAACAGGGGGUGCAAGGGGGAGAAGGAAUUGGUGUUGGCAUUGGGGUGAUAACUACUCAACUCACACCUCAUUACGAAAGAUAUCCACGAUAACAACAUCAACAACAACAACAACAAAACCGAUAGCAAAAGGCAUAGUGAUUGGAACUGCUGGUGGAGGGUUAAGUUCUUCAAAACCACCUCCUUCCACUGAAGAAAUACAGAACAAAGGAAAGGGUAUUUUCACUGAGCCUACUGUCGAAGAAAAGAAAGUUGCAAUUGAAAAGGAGAUGGAGAAACAAUGA